AUGGACCAACAAGAGCAGUCUCGCUACGAAAACCAGUCCCAGAAGCUGCGAGCAGAGCUCAAAACAUGGGAGACGACAUUUGCAAAGACGCACGAGGGCAAGAAGCCUUCGCGGUCAGAUAUCAAGGCGGCUCCUGAAAUCGCCCAAAAAUACAAAGAAUACAACAGGAUUCGGGACAUACUUUCAGGCAAGAUCGUCCCCGCAGCAGCAGCGACGACAACAGAGCAACAAGCACAAAAACAAAAACCACAGUUCCCAACCCCGAGAAAGCGCAAGUCCACCGACACCCUUUCGCUCUACGACCAGACCACACCUUCCAAACGCACCAGGCCGAUUUCGACACCCUUGAAGCGCACUGCAACCCACAGCUCCGCCCUCACCACCCCCUCCACGGCGCGCAAGCUCUUUGGCACGCCCGGAAGCAGCGCCGUAAACGUCCCCACGUCCAUCGGCCCCACGCCUCAGCGCGACGGCCGCGUCCUCGGCCUCUUCGACCUGUUGACCGCGUCGCCCGCCGAGACACGAACGCCGUCCAAGCGCACCGGCGCCAUCCCUGUCGCGACGCCCAGGCGGGGUGGCGCCACCAUCAACGCGGCAGACCCGGGCUCGUCUCUCUCCGCCGCGCGCCUGGCCCGCACGCCCGUGUCGUCGGGCCGCCGGCACGUGCUAGAUGGCUUUAUGACGCCGCUGGGCCGGCGGGAUGGGAACUCCUCUACCGCCGCUGCCGCCGCCAACGCCGGACUGGACAGGACGCCUUCGAAAACGCCGUCCAAGCCCGAUUUUGCCACGCCACAGUUCCUCAGACGUCUGCCGCCGCCCGCGCCGGCCCCAACGCGGCUGGACGAGAACGGCGAGGCCGUGCCGGCGGUGGAGGACGACGACUACGACUAUGAGGCCGAGGAGGCGCGUCGCUACGCCGCCCGCUUGCCGCGGAAGCCGCUCGUCAGGGGCCUGAGCAGCGUCGUGGCCAGCCUGCGCAAGAUGGAAGAAGAGAAGCACGACGACGACCUGGACGCCUUGCGCGAGAUGGAAGCGGAAGAGCUGGGUUUCGCCCAGGUCAAGACCAAGGCGAAGCCGGCAGUCACGGCGAUGGAGACGGGUAAUAGGGAUGGAGGCGUAGCCGAGGAGAAUGUUACCAGAGAAGUCCUAGUGGCCGACAGCCAGGUCAUGCCGACGAACCUCCUCGGUGGCUUUGACGACGAGGCCAUCUACGAUAGCCCCGAUGAAGACGACCGCAGGGCUGGCCUUGACCGCAACGGCCAGCCGCUCCGCGUGUUUAAGAAGAAGGGCCAGAAGCGCACGACGCGCCGAGCCAACAUGCGACCCGUCCGGAGCAGACGGCCAGCAAGCAUCAGCGUGGCCGCUGAGGACAGUGCCUCGGAUGAAGAUGGCGACGACGUCGUGCCCGAGACUCAGCACCAGCUCGACUGCCCAGUGCCCGAGGAUGCCGAUGAGCUGUCACUGGCGUCUGAGUCUGAGUUUGACGAUGAGGAGGGCGAAGAUGACGCUGGCCGGAAGCAGAGGCGGGGGAAGAAAGGGAGGGGUAAAGCCAAGGCCAAGAAGGCAGGACCUGGAAAAGAGGACCAGGACGGCAAGGAGGGCGGCACGGUUAAACGUGCCAUCAAGAAGGUCAGCGCCGUGGCUCACCAGAACUUCAGGAGGCUCAAGCUGCGCAACAAUGGCGCCAAGGGAGGUCCUGGUUUCAACAGCAAGUUCAGGAGGCGUCGCUGA